AUGUCACAUAAUAAAUAAUUUAAAAAUAUUAUUAUAACAAACUAUAAGAUAAUUUAAUAAUCUAAUAAUGUUUGUGAGAAACCAAUAAAGUAUUGUUAAAAUCUUUCAUAUGAAUAUUUCAUUAAUUUGAUUUUAACUUAAAAUUAUGAUUAAUAGGUUACAUUUAAAUUAAACGGAGAAACAUUUUAUGUUCCAUUUAUUGAAUUGUAUGAAAAUUUUAAAAUUUUUUGUUUAAAUAUCAUCAACUUUAAACAAUAGUGA